AUGAGAAAACAAGUUAUGUUACGAGCAAUAGUGGUACUAGUUGUUAUUAGCUUGAUUUUAUGGGUUAAAGGCGGGGGUGAGGAAAAAGUGGCCUAUACCCAGAUUGAUGCUAUUAAUAAGAGUUUAGUGGCAUACACCGAUGAGGAUGUUUCUUACUCCCUUACGGUUGGGUAUGCUAGUUUGAGAUUAGGAAAUGAAACAAAACCGAUAGUGUUAAUUUGGGUGCAGGUUUUGGUAUUUCUAUGGACCAAAAUCUCGAUGAGCGAGCUUAUUAAUGUUAGCAUUGAGCGGGCAUUGGAAGCUAUCCCCAAUAAGUCUUCUAAAACUAUGGUGGUGAUAGCUAAUUGGGUUGAAAAAAUAGAUAAUAUUAACCCAGUCUGGGAGCUCUGCAACUCUUUAUUGAAACAGGCCCGAGUAUCCAUUACUGGGUCGUUUAUGCUGCUAGUUAACUCGCCAUCGUUGCCAACAAGCGGGCACGAAGGAGAACUAUUUUUCGGUCGAUUAUGGCCGGUCGAUUUGACGAAUAAUGAGCCUUUUAGUGAACUCGCUGGAAUAUAUUGGCUAUGUCUUAAUACAGUAAAAGGCUGGGGCACCCCCUAUUACUAUAUGCUGUGUCCAUUGGAUUUUGUUUCCAAAGAGACCAAAGUCAUCAGCCUGGUAGUUCAUAAUAGGGCCAUAAGCACAAUUGAGAUAAUGAUGGAUAGGUCAUGUGCGUUGUGCAUGCCUCGACCCUGUAUUGUUGACCGGCUGGUAUUGCAUACACCGCAUGCAGUGGUAAAGUUUAUGCAGCACAAGUAUUUAUCGGCAUCUAUUGGCACCCUUGAUAUUUAUACCAAUAAUUGGCAAAUGUCAUUAUUGCCUAUCUUAAACACGCAUACAAUAGUCAUCAGUUUGAAAACCCUCCAAGUUCGGAUUGGUGCACAUGAUCCGGAUGGACUAUAUGGAGCGGAGUUGUUAAUAAGAAUAGAACUAACGGCCCAUGCAAUUAUAAGGGCUGAGAUAAAAGUAGUUGAUCAAAGGAGCGCAUCAAUAGUCUCGCGAGGCACUGCCAUGGCAUUCGACAUACUAACUACUGUACUCCGUUAUAUUGGGUUAGGCUGGGCCAAGGACGUUCCGAGACAAGUGGAAUGCCAAUUGGAUGGAAAGAAGAAAAUGCGCUCAGUUGACAAUUUAAUCUGUGCUAAGGUUGAAUCGAAUGAAAGUGCUUAUAAUAGAUACUGGGUCUCUAGGAGAACCGCAUCGACAUGUUGGAGUGAUUGUGGUGCCAGUGUAUGCAUGAAAAGAAUCAUAGCUGAACUAUCACAGUCGUCUCCCGUUUUAUUAGAAGAAUUGAAGCAGCUAUAUGCACAGUACAUCGCGCCGUUUAGAAGGCAGACGCAACAGCCUUGUUCGAAUAAUAGCAAUAAUACUAAUCCAACUCCAUCUAAUAGUACAGCUUGUAGCACAAGUAAGGAUGCGCAUCUUUCUGAAUCGGGUGAAAAUCCAUCGGCCUCGCCACAAUCUCUAGAGCCAGAAGCAGAAUGCACUAAUAUUCAUGAUCUGAAAACCUGUUAUCACGACUACUUUGGAAGUAUCAAUGGGGUUACUUUUAAUACACAGAUGUUGGAGCUACAAGCGCGUGGGAGAACUUUGGCCAUUUUCAGCAAACUAACGGAUCUACUUGUGGCUCAACUCAAUACUAACCCAAAUAACACAGAUGUAUCGGCCAUCUUCCAAUGCGAAGAGUACUAUUGGCUUACUUCUUAUGUGUUUUAUAUGACGCAUGCGCUUCAGGCAGUUGUUUCCCAUUUUGAAGGUAUUAAGACUACUCAGCGAGGAAAGGAAUGGGACCAUAAGAUGCUCCAGCAUCAACAAAAGCUUGUCAAUGCAUGUGUAGUAGAAGGUAGCUGGGAGAAUUCAGACUAUAUGAAUAUCUUUGGCGAGAGAGAGGUAAGAGUUGAUCCGCCGAGGGUAGAGAAGUGA